ACCUAGAGCGGUGAACUACCUGUCCGCUCAGUCGUGCCGGUUAAUGAAAACCGUUGACGUUCCGGUUCGUUGGCCGGUUUAUGAGCAGGCCGUUUCGUAUUGGGGACUCAGUGAUAACCUCUGGCUCACUUGGAGGGUCCCGAGAUGCCGCCGGUGUGAGAGUAGAGGUGGUAAGUGUGGGAUUAAGAGUAAUUCUUCUCGUGAAAUCAUAUGCUCUGAUGCUCCUAAACCAGCUAUUCCGAGAAAACUCGGUUAUGCAAUAGCCAUCGGUGCAGGGAUCCCAGGAACUUUAAUCCUCUUCGGUGUUUUUUGUUUCGUUUACAGCAAAAUUAACGCCUUCAUCAAACGACGCCAUCUUAUCUCGCAUCCAGAGAUCAACAACACUCAAGCCCACUCUUCUCAGUCCAGUAUCAUGAUAAAGGGUUUAGAUGGGUCUACUAUAGAUUCAUAUCCAAAAAUAGUGUUAGGUGAAAGCAAAAGGUUACCCAAAAUAGAUGAUGUCACAUGUGCCAUUUGUCUCUCAGAGUAUGAGCCCAAGGAGACACUAAGGACAAUACCAUUGUGCCAACACUGUUUUCACGCCGACUGCAUCGAUGAGUGGCUAAAACUAAACGGGACUUGUCCCGUGUGUCGAAACUCUCCCGAGCAGAUUUUGCCAUCUGAAAACGUUAAUUCUUAGUUAGUCACUCUUGUUAUUUUUUUUGUGCGUCAUUUGUAGUAGUUUAUAUCCUAUACUAAUAACUGAAGCAGGGCUUUC